AAACCAAAACCAAACACCAACGUAGUAAUCUCAUAAACAACAUCAUUCUCAUAAUAACACAAAAUCUUCAUGGAAGAACCAACAUUUCUAUUCCCACCCCCUGAUUCCGACCUCGACCUCAGCUUCACCAGCACCACCACUGAACGCACCUUCACCUCCUCAGCACGCACCAGCUUAGCCCGAACAAGCAGCCUUGCUCUUAGUUUCAACGACCGUCUCUCCACCGCCUCCACCGCCGGAGACACCGUCUCAUCCGCUGUCAUCCGCCGUCCUCACCGAAGCUCAGACUCCAACUGGACAGCAAUAAAAGCAGCCACCAAUCUCUCCUCUGAUGGGAGACUUCAUCUCCGUCAUUUAAAGCUUAUCCGCCACCUUGGCUCCGGUGACCUCGGCCGUGUGUUUCUAUGUCGCCUCCGUGACUACGACGGUGCAAAUUUUGCACUUAAGGUUGUUGAUAAAGACCUUCUUACUCCUAAGAAAUUCUCUCACGCGGAAACGGAGGCGGAGAUUCUUCACGCGCUGGAUCAUCCUUUUUUACCGACGCUCUAUGCGCGGAUCGAUGUUUCUCACUACACGUGCCUCCUUAUUGACUAUUGUCCCGGCGGUGAUCUCCACGCUCUUCUACGUAAACAGCCGGGGAACCGACUCACAAUUUCGGCGGCGAGGUUUUUCGCUGCCGAGAUUCUUGUUGCUCUCGAGUAUCUUCACGCGCUUGGCGUGGUAUACCGUGACUUGAAACCUGAGAAUGUACUUCUACGCGAAGAUGGACACGUCAUGCUUUCAGAUUUUGACCUUUGCUUUAAAGCUGACGUGACACCUACUUUCGAAUGUUGCAAAGUUAACAAACACUAUGCGGGUCCCACUUACGGUUGUUUCGGUUGUAACGGAUCAAGAUCUCGCGAUUCUCGAGAGAAAGUCGUUGCUGAUUUUGUUGCAGAACCAACUACGGCAUUUUCAAGAUCGUGUGUUGGGACACAUGAGUAUUUAGCACCGGAGCUUGUUUCGGGUAAUGGUCACGGUAAUGGCGUGGAUUGGUGGGCUUUUGGGGUGUUUAUUUACGAGUUGUUGUACGGAAUGACACCAUUUAAAGGAUGUAGUAAAGAGGGCACGCUACGCAAUAUAGCAUCUAACAAUGAUGUGAAGUUCCACGUAGCGGAGAAUGAAGAGGUAGGGAUGGUAGAAGCGAGAGAUUUAAUAGAGAAGUUGUUAGUGAAGGAUCCUAAAAAGAGGUUAGGGUGCGUCAGAGGCGCGACCGACGUGAAACGACACCCCUUUUUUGAUGGGAUUAAGUGGCCUUUGAUUAGGACCUAUAAGCCACCGGAGGUAAAGGGACUAUUGAGGAGGAAAAAAUCAGAUUUGAUUGUAACAAGUAAGAAAAUUAGGAAAGGGUGGUGGAAGAGGCUUGGAUGUGCAUUGAGAAAUAAAGGAGCUAGAUUUGAUUUACUUUCAAACUAUAGUAAUAAUAAUCAUUAUUGUUACGUUAAUAAUAGUAAGGUUAGGUAAAUGCAAUUGAGCAAUUGUUUAGUUUACAUUUUGAAUGGAUUUGCAGAUCCGGUACAUUCAACAUAGGAUAGUUCAUAGUGUGACUAUAAUUUUCAAUUUUGGGUGUGUAGUUUUUCACGUACCAUACAGAUUCACAGUUUGUAUAUGAAUGAUGAAUCACAAUAUUGAUACAAUCUA